CCGCGGUCGAUCCUGGACUACAGUCAGUCCUGGAACGGUCGGGAUCAGAAGGGUUAAACUGCAGAGGAGUCGGAGCCAUGAAGGCCGAACAGAGUUAAUGUGCUGCAAGACGUACUGGCUGUACUGCUGACUGUGGUUCUGAUGGUGGUGCUGACUGUGGUUCUGACAGGGGUAGUAGUGAUGACAGACUCCGGGCUGGACUACAUUGAGCUGCUGCAAGAUGAAGUCAACAAGAAUCCAGAUAGGCUGCUGGAUGUAGGGAAGGAGGAGGACCAGGACGAGGUCCCUUGCAGGACCCUCCCAGCUCUCUACUCCAUCCCCCGGACCCUUGUGAUCUCUCCGGGCCUCGGAGGAGCACCGGUCACCCCGCAGCUGACAGAGAGCCUGAGGAGGAUUCUCUUUGGGGGAACGUUUCACGUCUUCAACUACGAGUGGCGGAAAUCUUUCUUUCAGUUCAGAGAUCCAGGCUCUGAGCUGUCGUACGCUCUGGAGGCCGACAGGGGUGGAGCCCGCGCUAUUCAGAUGGUCAUCCAGGCUCGCAUCAUCAAGUACCUGCUGUUCAGCCGACCAGGCGGCACAGACAGACGGACGCUGAACAGCCUCAGUCAGGUGGGACAGAGGGACCAGGAAAAGGCGCUCGCAGCGGCACUUUCUGACAGCCUGUGGUUGGCCGGUCAGGAGGAGCGGGCCACCGUCACCUUGGUGUCCGAGGACUACUGCAUCACUCCUCACUUGGACUACAAGCUGGACAACUUCACGGAGAAGCUCCAGUUGUUCACCUUCAACAAGAAGGAGGACGUCUGGAAGUUCAUCCUGGACCACAUUCAGUGUUUUAAAGAGGAGGGGAGUCAUGGAGUCAUCCUGUUCCUGUACAGCCUGAUCUGCUCCCGGACGGUCGACAGGCUCAGGGACGAUCUGGAGUCCAACACUUCCCAUCUGCUGCACCUCAGUCUGGGAAACUUUGUGUGUCGUCAGGCUUUACUCAACCUGCUGCUGACAGGCAGGGCCAGCACUCACGUUUUCAACGGGACGCUGCAGUUUGGGGAGGACGGCCAGCCGCUGGAGCGCCCCCUGCAGGGCGUCCUGUCUCGCAGCGAUGUGGGUUACCUUCACUGGAGCCGGGAGCAGAUGGACCGAGGCGGGCUGCCACAGGUGGGCAGCAUGCUGAAGACCCCCAGGUUUCCGGUCUGGGUCUGCUGCAUCAACAGCACCUACUCGGUUCUGUUCAGCCUGAACCGGUCCCUGCUGUCCGACUGGAGGAUGGAGCACCAGUUCCAGCUCUACUAUUACAACGGCCAGAACUGCCAGAGGUCCACAACCCGGCUAACCGUCGAUACUCAUUCCCACCACUGGGAGGCCCUGUCUACAGAGGCAGACCCGGAGAAAAGGUUCCCGUCCCUGGAGAUGACCAUCAGGACAAAAUGGGACGGAGCCGCCAUUGACUGGAAUGGGACGGACCCGUUCUACUGAGCAGACAACAGGUCCACUGAGUUAUAUUAUACACUGGAGUGCUAAUAGCCGCUGUAAGAACGAGUCACUUUGAAGCCACCAGCCGCCAUAUUGGU